AUGGCUGCCGAAUCUUCCCGAGAAGAACCCCACCUGAUCCCUCGACACUCCUUCGACGACCGUUCAUCGAUUCGAGCCGAUGCGGAGGAAGAAGAAGCUCUUUUGACCGGCGAGCGUGCAGGUCGCCGCCACAUUGAGCGACGAGGAUGGGCCUUCUGGAAAGAGAUCGGUCUAUUUGCCUGGGCAGUGAUUGCGACUAUUCUCGUAAUUAUCCUCGCAGUCGUAGUCCAGCAUGAAUCUGCAAGAACACACAAGUCGAAGGAGGUAUGGGGUCCUGGUGGGAAGCCAAGUGGGAAGCGGAAUUUAAUCUUCAUGGUUUCCGAUGGUAUGGGACCUACCAGUUUGACGAUGACAAGAAACUUCCGACAAUAUACCGAGGGUCUCCCAAUUGAUGAUACCCUGGUUUUGGAUCGGCAUUAUAUUGGUACCUCACGGACACGAUCAAGCUCUAGCUUGGUGACUGAUUCUGCGGCUGGAGCUACUGCUUUCUCGUGCGGACAUAAGAGUUAUAAUGGAGCUAUUUCGGUACUCCCGGAUCAUACACCAUGUGGUACUGUACUUGAGGCUGCUGCACUGGCGGGAUAUAAGACCGGAUUGGUAGUCACUACACGUCUGACGGAUGCUACGCCCGCGUGCUUUGCCUCACACGCCAAUCUGCGGCAAUACGAGGAUAGCAUUGCCGAGCAAGAAAUCGGCGAGCAUCCUCUGGGCCGGGUUGUCGAUCUAUUGAUGGGUGGUGGACGGUGCCAUUUCCUUCCCAAUACUACUAGCUCUAGCUGCCGAGCGGAUGACCGUGAUCUGGUCGAUGUGGCAUCUAAGAAUGGGUUUAAGUUUGUGAAUGACCGGGCCGGCUUUGAUGCUCUUAAUGGUGGCACCCAGGCUAAGCUACCGCUGCUGGGUCUUUUUGCGGACAAGGACAUUCCUUACGAGAUUGACCGCCGCACUCAGAAUGAUGUCUACCCGUCAUUAGAGGAGAUGGCUCGCACUGCGUUGACUGCUUUGAGUGAUGCUACUCGGGAUAGCGAGCAAGGGUUCUUCUUGAUGAUUGAGGGAUCACGUAUUGACCAUGCUGGCCAUGCAAAUGAUCCCGCUGCACAAGUCCAUGAAGUGUUGGCAUUUGAUAAGGCCUUUGCUGCUGUUUUGGAAUUCCUGGAGAAGGACACAACCCCCGGCAUUCUUGUCAGCACCUCUGACCACGAAACUGGUGGCCUCGCCGCAGCCAGACAGCUUCACUCUACUUACCCGGAAUACCUGUGGUACCCAGGUGUUCUGGCGAACGCUAAGCAUUCUUCCGAGUAUACCGGUGACCAAUUGACCGCAUACCUCUCUGGAGCCGGUGCGAAUGCACAUGACUCAGAUAAGGAGGCAUACGUUCGUGAUACUCUGUUGAAAGAUUAUCUCGGUAUCACUGAUCCCUCCGAUAAGGAAGUGAAAGCCAUUCUCCAGCCACCAUCCGGCGUUUCAGCCAAAUACGUUUUUGCAGAUAUUGUCAGUCGCCGAGCACAAAUUGGAUGGGCUACUCAUGGACAUUCUUCUGUGGACGUCAAUAUUUAUUCAUCUUCGACAAAGCACGCCUGGCCCUUGGUCGGCAACAACGAAAAUACCGACGUAGGAAACUUCCUCGCCAACUUUCUCGACCUGAGCGUGGAGGAUGUCACUGAGCGUCUCCGGUCCUCAGUCUCCUGGAAAGCAUCUUCAGAUGACUCCACAACUGAAGGCACAGCUGAAGGAAACUACGAGUGGAUGGGUAAUCCUCUGGGAUCAGAUAUUCAAACUGAAGGUCUUGAUACAUACCACGGAGACUUUAAGAAGCGAUCCCUUGAAGACUGCGGAUGUGGCGGACACCAUUAA